UCUCAUCACUCAUGAAUAUUUCUCAGAGCAGUGCGGGUCUCGGCACAGUGCUGCCUCUUACUAGUUUCGAGAACGUGCUUUUGUUUCUCUUUAAUAUAAUUCUCGCCACCGCCAUUAUUUUUAUCAACGCGUCCGUGUUUAUCGCCAUCCUGAUGAACAGAUCCCUGAGGAACGAGAACCGCUUCAUGUACAUGCUCAGCACGUGUCUCAGUGACUUCUGCACGGGCGUCACGUAUUAUUAUGCUGGAGUUAUGGAUGUACGUGAUAAUUAUGAUUCCCCGACUCGCACGUUUACUCUCGCUCUCAUUUUUCUGGGUCUGUCCUUUAUAGCGAUUCUGGCCGCGCAAGCGGACCGCUACGUCGCGGUCUCUGCGCCUUUCAUAUACUCGCAGCGCAUGACGCGCAACAGAACCCUGCUGGUGAUUCUGGGUUACUGGGUUUAUCUUUUUCUAAUAGUGGUUGUUAACAAUUCGGUGCCUGUAGAGGUUGCUCAAAGAGUGACGUUCAUUGUUGCUUUUGUGGGGGGCAUUUUAAGCGUCAAUAUCAUGAUUGGUUUGAACGUCAGACUGUUGUUCAUCGCUAAAUUUCAGCUAGGACGCGAACCGCCGAGCAAGGAACGCGACAACAAACGCGCGUCCAUUUAUCUCAUCGUAAUAGUGGCCGUGUGUUUUCUGAUCGAUUGGUUGCCCCUUUUUAUCAAUGGUUUUGUGUGUAAUUUUAGGGGGUCUGAAUGUUAUUUGUUCAAAAAUGAGGGCACAAACCCUCUGCGCAUUUUGGCGCGUCUCAAUGCAGUCGUCACUCCAUUACUGUACAUCAGAGGCUGUACUCCACUCAGGAGCACCGUAAUGAUUAAAGUCUGGAGAAUACCAUGCUACAAGAGUAAAGGAGUGAAGCCACAGAAUAUGAAGACUGUAGACAAGAUGUAGCAGGGAUCUUCAGGAUGUGACAAACUUCGAGUGACAGGACUUUUUAAAGAGACUUUAAGAAUACACUGCCUGGCC